AUGCUCAGCUUCAAGCGCCUCUUUGUCGCCGCUUCGGUUAUGGCCGGCGCGGCUCUGAUGUUCGCCCAGCCCGCCGAGGCCGCGAAAGGCCCCAAGAUCACCCACAAGGUUUUCUUCGACAUUCAGCAUGGCGACGAGCCCCUUGGCCGCGUUGUGAUGGGUCUCUACGGCAAGACUGUCCCCGAGACGGCCGAGAACUUCCGUGCCCUGGCCACCGGUGAGAAGGGCUUCGGCUACGAGGGCUCGACCUUCCACCGCGUGAUCAAGCAGUUCAUGAUCCAGGGUGGUGAUUUUACCAAGGGCGACGGCACCGGUGGCAAGUCGAUCUACGGUGACAAGUUCGCCGAUGAGAACUUCAAGCUCAAGCACACCAAGAAGGGUAUCCUUUCCAUGGCCAACGCCGGCAAGGACACCAACGGCUCGCAGUUCUUCAUCACCACUGUCGUUACCUCUUGGCUCGAUGGCCGCCACGUCGUCUUCGGCGAGGUCCUCGAGGGCUACGACGUCGUGGAGAAGAUCGAGCAGGUCGAGACUGCCCCGGGCGACAAGCCGCUUAAGACGGUCAAGAUUGCCAAGAGCGGCGAGUUGGAGGUCCCCCCUGAAGGCAUCGAUGCCCCUGAAGAUGGACCGAUCGCCCCUCCCGCUGGAAACAAGCCCGCUCCUGCAGAUGAGUCUGGCGACGACUGGCCUUUUCUGGUCAAGGUGGCUCUCGUCGGUAUCGUGGUGGCGGAUGCGGAACUUGUCAGUGAUGAUGUCGAACUCAACCCGCAGUUGUUAGUCAACUUACUGCCCCGUAUCGACUGGAGCGCCUUGCGGACAACAUCGACAGAGCUUGGAUUCCCGCAACUUCCAGAGCAACCUCCUUCUGCGGAGGAACUCCAGGCGGACGAGAAGAUGCUGAAGGAAUUGCACACCCUGCUCAUGGAAACCCAGAUGAACGAGGGCAAGUUGGUGUGUGGGCAUUGCGGACAUGAGUAUGCCGUACGGGAGGGCAUCGCCAACUUUUUGUUACCGAGUCAUUUAGUAUGA